UAGAAUGUCAAAGGUCAACCUCGUCCCCAGGCUGUCUCGUCCCCAGGCUGGAUGGAAAACUCCAUGAUGCAAAAUCGUUGUAUAAUUUUCUGACGAUGUUUGCGACCGUCUCUGAACACUUUGGUCUUUCUCUCUGAGACUUCCAGGAUUAAGAAAUCCCUUAAAGAUCACCCAUAACCGUAUCUGAGCUGCUGACGACAGAGGAUUAUGUACGCACGGUGUUGUACUCGGGUAGCGGUAGGCGGGGGCCGACAUAUACUGCAACAGAGGUUACUGAAGGUUACACCUGGCACCGGCUUUGAACAUGACCUUCUUCAAGAUGCAGUAAGCAGAAAUUGUGGACACCACGCUGUUAGCGAACUCAAUGAGAGGACUUCCACGUCACAAGAAACUGUCCCGGACCCAAAGGCUUGGAUCGAACCCAGUGGACAUGACACUGGCAUCAUGGUGUAUAACAGUUUGUGUCGGAGGAAAGUUCCGCUCAUCCUGCCAAACAAGAGUUUUGCGUCUUGGUACCAGUGUGGUCCUACAGUAUAUGACCAUGCACAUUUAGGACAUGCUUGCUGCUAUGUGAAGUUUGAUAUCAUCCGGAGAAUCAUGGAGGAUUUCUUCAACAUCGACCUGGUGAUGGUGAUGGGGAUAACAGACAUUGAUGAUAAAAUCAUCAGCAAGGCACGAGAGUUAAACAUGGAGUUCACCCACGUUGCACAGACCUUUGCAAAUGAGUUCAAGAGGGACAUGGUACGACUCAGGGUCCAACCCCCAACAGUAUACACAAGAGUCACCAACUACAUGCCUCAGAUUAUCACAUUUGUGCAGAAGAUUAUUGACAGGGGGUAUGCCUAUCCAACAGACAAUGGGAGUGUGUACUUUGAUGUGAGGAAGUACGGAGACAGAUAUGGUAAACUGGUGUACCAGAGUGAUGCUGAGUUGGCACAGUUACGAGAAGUUGACAAGGAGAAGCGAGGGUUCCGAGACUUUGCCCUGUGGAAGGCUGGGAAGCCAGGAGAGCCGUGGUGGACAUCACCCUGGGGGAAAGGGAAGGGCAGGCCUGGCUGGCACAUAGAAUGUUCCACUAUGGCAAGUGCCAUAUUUGGUGACCAGCUGGACAUCCACACAGGAGGAAUAGACCUGAUGUUCCCCCACCAUGAGAACGAGAUCGCCCAGUGUGAGGCUCACCACUGUGUCCCCCAGUGGGCCAACUACUUCCUACAUGCAGGACACUUGCACAAGACUAGUGACAAAGACAAGAUGUCAAAAUCUCUCAAAAACACCAUCACCAUCAGGGAGUUUCUGGAGAAGUACACUGCCAACCAGUUCAGAAUAUUCUGUUUGAUGACUAGAUACAGAAGUGUUGUGGAGUACUGUGACACCAUGAUGAACGAAGCGGUCUCUGUGCAGCGCACUCUGACAUCCUUCCUGAACAAUGCAGACGCCUACAUCCGGGGCCAGCUGCAGUGUGAAGCCAUAGACGAGGCCCUGCUUAUGGAGAAAUUAGGUGAGACCAAGGACAAGUUCAGGAGAGCCAUUUCAGAUGACUUUGACACCAGGGCUGCGCUGGAGGCCAUUCUACACCUGGUCCGUGUCACCAACAAGCAGCUGCGCACAGGCGGGGAGGUUGAAAACCCUGUGAGGAGCCCAGGCGUGAUCGCUGCUAUUCAGGCUUAUGUGGACAGAGUACUACAACUGUUAGGAGUGGAGUACCCAGGAAGGAGGAAAAUGUCGGGGUCGACUGUGGACAGUACGGCACAGAUGAAGGACGUGUUGGACUCCCUGGUGAAGUUUCGCAACACGGUACGGCACUACGCACUUCUGAAGGGUCCGGAUGCACAGCCCAAGUAUGGACAACCACAGACCACAGCCCCCAGCCCAGCAGGAGAGGGAGAGGUGGGGCAGGGGAAGCUGCAGCGGAAGGAGAGAGAACCACUGAUGAAGGCGUGUGAUGAGAUCCGAACAGAGCUGGUCUGGGCUGGGAUACAGAUCCAGGACAGAGGUAGAAAGUCGUCUUGGCAAGUCCUGGAGGAUCAGUCAUUAGAGGGUAAACAGCACAGCCUAUCAGAUCCGAAUUAUAGUCAAGAGCAGCUGAAGAAAUAUUUUGUCGGAUCAUAGGUAGACAGGGAGAUUUAAUAACCUGAAAAUGAAGACAUUUCUCAUCAAAGUUUUCAUCCUUAUAAAUAACCAUGGGAAUCAGUGUCAGCACCCUGGGGACAAGACUGGGAUGCACCAUGCCUGAACACACCAGGAAAGAGUACUCUUUCUAUCGGGGAAUAUUUCAUUCUUAUAGACUCACAGUGUCUGAUUAGGCCAUGUUAAGUCAGAUGUAUGGAUGACAUCCCCUUGGAACCUUAAAACUGAUGCAAGUUUGCAAAUUUAAAAAAAUUGGCACAAAGAACUUGAAGUGGAUGUCAUCUGUAUAAUCAAAUCCACAGGAAAUCAGAAGUUAUGUUCUCAUCUACAUAAGAUGGACAUGUUUAUGAAAUGAUUCUACUUUUCUCCACAAAAUUUGUGAUGUUCUUUGUAUUUUUGAAAUGUUGAUGAUUUAGUGUACAUCAUAUGUACAUGUGCGUAAUAACUGCAUGCACAUUGCUUCGUAUGUUACAUUGGAAUAUGAUAUAUUGUAAUGCAAUAUAAAGUACUCCUGAAGUUUUUUGCCUACCAAGACCGUCAUCUGUAGGGUCUCUGUAGUGUAUGUAUUUUAGGGAUGUGUACUGGUACACAUGUACUGGUACAUUACCACCAAAAAAAAUUUGGGACGGGUUCAAAAUACUGGAUCUAGGUGUACCGAGUAUGUGCCUAUAUAGAUUUAGACUUGUUUAAGUAUAACCAUGUUUUGUGACUUAAGAUACCUUAAUCCUACCACAAAGCCAAAAAAGUAGUACUGUAUAAAACAAUUGAAAUGUAAUGUGGUAUUGAAUGAUCUUUCUGAAUGAAAUCCUCUCCCAAGACUUAAAGGCACAGGGUACAGACCAGUAAGUAAUGAGUGAAACUUUGAAUAUUAAACAUUGUUAAAUUGUCAAUGAUUCAUUACUGUUUCUGUCCUUAUUGAAAAGAACAUGUUACUUUGUCACAUUUUUAGGGUAUAUAGGUACAGAUCUAGAAGUGUACCUAAACCUGAGGCUGUAUAACUGAUUCCUGUACCCAGUGUCACAUUUAGGUAGUACACGUAUCCUUUGUGCAUUUCAUGUAAUGAAAACUGACUGCAUUACCCUUUUGUGGUCUUAUAAAGAUAUCUUAUCUGCCUGGUUCUCUAAUACACGUUGCAUGAUAUAGGUUUACCUUACUACAUUUUUGUACUAGUAAUAAGGACCCGAAUUGAGAAAUAAGGUUGGCAUACUUAGGCACCUGUGUUCUUAUAAAUGCUAGUCUGUCUUGGUACGGUGUUCAUAUCAAACUUAUCAUCCAGAUUCUUUCUUUAGAAAUUAAGAAUGAUAUUUUAAUACUGGUACGGUUCUCCCUCAUGCAGUGUACAUAAAUUGUUCAGUUUGAUUAUGUACAUAAACAUAUUUUGUUGUUUUUGAUUUAAAUUAAAUCAGUAUUGUUCAGUAACAUAUGGGUAUGACCAUGUAUAUUCUUUUUCCUAGAUUUUACAGAAUUCAUCAUAUUAUUGUAAAUGCAUCUAAGUUCACAGUGUUUUAAUUUUGUGGUAAGGAGAAAUAGAGUGUAUGUAAUACUCUUGAGUUCACAAUAAUGCUAUAGUCAUGCUGUACAGCGAUGGAAAUGUUGGCACCUUUAUGGACAUUUGGAAACACUCUACUAAGUAUAUAAUGUUUGAUAAUACAUGACAUGUAUGAAACUCUGUAUUUUGCCCUCUGUGUCCUGGAUAACCAAGGGAUAACAAAGAUUUUUCCUUUUCACCGA